AUGAAUCAAGAACAGCCAUCAAAACGAUUACCUAGACCUGAUCUUCGUGUUAAUCCAGCAAAAUGGAGUGCUGCACAGAGUGGUGGAAGUGGUUCACGAGUUGCAAUUAUUGCAACUGUAACAGCUGUUGUUGGUGGACUCAGUCUCGUUUUUCUCUAUCCUUAUAUUAACAUUGAUCGAUUUCGUAGCAUUCAAAAAGUUAACCGAGCUGGAAUCAAUCCUGAAGAUGUGCAACCAGCUGGUUUGCCUGUUUGGCGUGAUCCAUUUGAUAGAAAAAAAGCUGGAUAA